AUGAAACUGGUGCUAGUGUUUGUGCUAUUUGCUCUCUCUAUUAACGUGGAAAGCAAUCCACUGUCGAGCAAUGAACGAAGAAGCAGUGGAAAAACUUUUGAUGAAAAAUUAGAAGAAGGAUAUCAGCUCAAAUGCCAACCGAAUGCUAACGUCACAAGGCGGCUUACCGAGCAUUUGGGUAACAUGGAGGGGAAAAUAAUGAAGAGACUUACUCUCAGUUCUGAAAAAAAUACUGAACAAGUGCUUACGACAAAGGACUAUGUCGAAGUUGAGAACGAUGGUCGCAUUCAUCAAAUGGGUGAUGCAAACGAGGAAAUUAAUGAAGAUAGCAAAGUCAGUGCAUCGCUAUUUCAAGGAGACAUACUUCUCACCAAAGAACAAGCCAAGGUGAUUUUGGAAGAUACCAAAUACGUCGAAGCUGAACGCACGAAGCGGCAAGCCUACACUGAGGAUAAGAUUGGUGUUUUCAACGGCGUUGGAUGUUUCUCGAGUCUUGGUAGAAUUGGAGGAGAACAGAGACUCUCAUUUCAGGAACUAAGAUGCGAAUCGCCUAAAGGAUGUGGUCGAAUACUGAAUGCAACGGUUACCUUCCAAACGCUAACUGAUACCUUGGGCGAGAAGGAUGUUUAUUUUCCCAAGGAGGACUUUGAGUUUUGCAACUACUGGAUUAUGGCACCAGCUGGUUCAAGAAUUGAGGUAGUGCUUGAAAGUUUCGAGAAGGGCUUAGCCACUGAUGGGUGCGUAUUUGCGGGCGUAGAGAUCAAAACAGGAAGUGAUAAGCGUCACACUGGAUACAGAUUCUGCUCUCUAAAGUUUGCCAAGAGAUCUUUGAUUUCGAAGCACAACGUCGUCCCCGUUAUAACAUACACCAGAACUGGUGAAGUCACCACAGUUUUGCAUUAUCGAAUCAGUAGUGUCUAA